UACAAAAACCUCCACCGUCAUUCAACCAGUCACAGACCAUGCGCGCGACUUGGCCGCCAAUACAACACCCGCAACUUUCUAUUCAACAGUAGACUUAGCAGCACCUGAUGAUAACCACAGACACUUUGUGGAUUCAGAAAUAGAGCUCAAGAUAAAAAUCUACCAGAAUCUGCAGACUUGUCGCUUUAUUUUAGCUUUACAGUCUUGAGUGGAUGAACUUCUGAGAGCGCACUGAGGGGAGAUAACAGGAUUUGGAAAAAUGAAAAGGUUCUGCAGAGUUCAUUACACGCAGAUGGUCAUGCUAUUGGCCGCUGCUGUGGCCUCAGCCCUGGACCCCAGCGAGAGGAGCUCCAUAGAAAGUACCUAUGAGCUGACCAAGUACCUGGAGUAUCAACUGAAGGAGAUCAAAGACGUAUAUCUCACAUACCUGGGCCCACCAUUUAAUGAGAAAGACUUCUCCCCUCCACGACCCAACAGCACCGCCCUUUCCCUGCCCAGCGCUGCCACUCGCCUGGAGCUUUGGCACGGUCUGGAGAACCAGGCUCGACUGGCACAAAACCAGAAAGCUUACUCCAUUCUCUUGGCGGCCGUCAGGGAGCUAGCCCGGUCUACCCUCUGCCCCUCUCUCAAAACAUCACUGUUACAUUUCUGCACAGGACUUGACGGACUACUGGGGUCUAUAUCUGCACUGAUGACAACACUGGGGUACGCAAUUCCAGCCACAUCUGCUAACAUGAGGGUGAUGAGUGGUGACACGCAGAGGGGCAGAGACCGACCUGCUCCCCUUAUGAGUGCAGGUCUGUACCGAUCCAGGGCCAGGGCGGAGUCAGGACAGCGUGGAAGCAUGAGGCGGACUAGGACGAGGGUUGUUAGGGGCGACGAAGAGGAUGCUGUGGACUUGAUGAACACAAACAGUGAAGCCAGGAGAGCAGAGAUACCUGGAGGGAGGACUGCUGGGCCAAAGGAGCGAGGAAAACGACGUGGAAAAAGGGAGGAGCCGGAGAGAUGGGACUGGGAUAUUGAGAAAGACAUGCAAAACGCAGGGGGAACAAAAAGAAAGCUGUUAAGUGUGACUGAGGAGCAAGAAUUCAGCGUAUCACCACCUGGAAUUGAAAUACAAACUAACAUCAACUCAAACAACAACAAUGCAUUCAGUUACAAUCUCAAUGCACCAUAUGGAGACACACUCAGAAAAGAAGAUGGUGUUUUUGCAGAGACAGGCCUUUCAGUUAUGGUUACAAAUGAUGGUGAAUCAAGUUCCUCUUCUUCCCAACAUCACCGGUCACCACGCUCGCUCCUUCCUUCAACAAUUCCACCUCCUCUUUCAACUCUUUCUCUGCUAUACCAGUUUGGGACAGGAGAGGAGCACACCCUACUAUCCCAGCCAGUCCCGCUGUCUUUACGAAAAGGGCUGUACUCACCUCCUCAGCGGUCAUCUCCUCCGUCCUCUUCUCUAUCGGUGCGACCCACAAUGAAUGACUUUGCACGGAAAGUAGAGGGUUUUUGGAUACUGCGUGAACUGCAGAGCUGGUUGUGGCGAUCAGCCAAGGACUUCAAUCGCCUUAAAAAGAGACUCUGAGAAAGAGAAAGGAAAGUGUUGUAUUAGACAUUAUUUGCACAAAAUCAAAUAAGACUGGAUAAACUGCAAGAACACAGAAAUUUCUGAUUCCUUUCCGAUCCACUGUGUAACAUUUUAGCUAAAAAAAAGACUAAAAUAUAAACAUGUUUUUUUUUUCUUUUCAUUUGGGACUUUUUUUUUGCACUAAAAAGAGAGAAAAACAAAAACAUAAGCAAGUUUGCAUCUCCACAAACCUGACUCUUACUUGGCCCGAAGGAGGGCCUCCUCCUGCUUGUUUCCAUGGAAAUUAUGUUCCUUUGCCAAUAAAUUUCCAUAAUAUGCCAUAAGAACAUAUCAGUCUCCAUGAAUGUGUAGUUUUAACAAUUUCUAUGGAAUCAUGCAGGUGAUGUGAUGAUUCAAAGAGCGACAGAAAUACAGCUGUUGGUGGCUGGCCACAUGGACACACAAGGGUCAAGUGAGUGAUAGGCAACCACACAGACAGGGCAGCCAUUGAGAAAAAUCUGAUUCAGUGGCUUCUUAGUGUGAAUCAGCAAACAUUCACAUUGUACCAAAGCAAGAUGAGAAAAUUGUGAAUGGGUGCAAGACAAAAGAAAAGGAAAUAGCCCGAGGAUGAGGAGGGCAGUGAUGAGGAGAGAGGAAGCAAAGGAAGACUG